CUCUUCGAUUUACCAAUGCCUCACCAGAAGCUUUCAGCAUUUAUUGAUGCCAUCUGCAAUUUUGUUAUCUGCAAUGACUCGUCCCUUCGAAGUCAGCCUAUUAUCUUCAAUCCUGACUUUUUUGUGGAGAAACUCCGACAUGAGAAACCUGAGGUGUUCACCGAGUUGGUGGUCAGCAAUAUCACAAGGCUCAUCGACUUGCCUGGAACUGAGUUGGCUCAGCUGAUGGGAGAAGUGGACCUUAAGUUGCCUGGUGGGGCCGGCCCCGCAUCAGGAUUCUUCCGGUCUCUAAUGUCUCUCAAGCGAAAGGAAAAAGGAGUAAUAUUUGGAUCCCCACUGACAGAGGAAGGCAUUGCCCAGAUAUACCAACUGAUUGAAUAUCUACACAAAAACUUGAGAGUAGAGGGUUUGUUUAGAGUACCAGGGAAUAGUGUCCGACAGCAGAUUUUAAGGGAUGCUCUCAAUAAUGGAACUGAUAUCGACUUGGAAUCAGGGGAGUUUCACUCAAAUGAUGUUGCUACCUUGCUGAAGAUGUUUCUAGGAGAGUUACCUGAGCCUCUGCUGACACAUAAACAUUUCCAUGCACACCUCAAAAUUGCUGAUUUGAUGCAGUUUGAUGAUAAAGGAAACAAGACCAAUGUACCAGAUAAAGAGCGGCAAAUUGAGGCUCUUCAGUUGCUCUUCCUCAUUCUCCCUCCACCCAAUCGUAACUUGCUGAAGUUAUUGCUUGAUCUCCUGUACCAGACAGCAAAGAAACAAGACAAGAAUAAGAUGUCUGCCUAUAACCUUGCCCUUAUGUUUGCGCCCCAUGUCUUGUGGCCAAAAAAUGUCACUGCAAAUGACCUUCAAGAGAAUAUCACAAAGUUAAACAACGGGAUGACUUUUAUGAUUAAACACUCUCAGAAACUUUUUAAGGCUCCUGCUUAUAUUCGGGAAUGUGCCAGAUUGCACUAUUUGGGUUCCAGAACACAAGCAUCAAAGGAUGAUCUUGAUCUGAUAGCUUCGUGUCAUACCAGCUCCUUCCAAGUGACAAGAUCUCAGAAACGGAACCAGCGAGAUUCCUGCCUUCAUCAGGAGGAGACCCAGCAGCGUACGGGAGAGGCACUAAGAGAAUUGUUCCAACAUGUUCACAAUAUGCCAGAGUCGGCAAAGAAGAAACACCUUAUCAGACAGUUUAAUAAGCAUUCUGAGACCCAGACACCAGGACGAGAACCUUCUACCCUCCGGGUGCAGAAGAGGGCCCGUUCACGAUCCUUCAGUGGCCUUAUUAAGCGGAAGGUCCUGGGAAAUCAGAUGAUGUCAGAAAAGAAAAACAAGUACCCUACUCCAGAAUCUGUAGCCAUUGAUGAAUUGAAGAGAGCCAGCAAAGAAAAUAUGAAUUUAUUAUUUUCUGGCUCUCCAGCUGUCAUGAUGACACCAACAAGACUGAAAUGGUCUGAGGGGAAGAAAGAGGGGAAAAAAGCUCUACUUUUGGAAGAACGGAAUGCAUUAAAAAAAUGUCAGGACUUCCUUGGUGGUGCAGUGGUUGAGAAUCCGCCUUCCAAUGCAGGGAACACGGGUUUGAGCCCUGGUCUGGGAAGAUCCCACACGCCGCGGAGCAACUAAGCCCGUGCGCCACAACUACUGAGCCUGUGUGCCACAACUACUGGGCCCGCGUGCCUAGAGCCCAUGCUCUGCAGCAAGCCACCGCAAUGAGAAGCCUGCACACUGCAACGAAGAGUAGCCGCUGCUUGCUUGCAACUAGAGAAAGCCCGCGCGAAGCAACGAAGACCCAAAGCGGCCAAAAAAAAAAAAAAAAAAAAAGUCAGUUUAAUAUUUUACCAAGAAGUUUUAGAGCAGGGAUUCUUCCUGUUAACUGUGGACUUCCUAAGGGCUCUAAUAAAGUUCCUGGUAUUGUUGAUGGAAUUUUGUGUAGGUGCAUACAUAUGUACAUUUUUCUGGAGGAGAGAUUAUAUAGUUUUUAUAAGAUUCUUAAAAAUGUUAGUGAAUCAGAAAAGUGGAGGACCAGAGAUAAUGAAUGACCUCCCACUGGAUUAAGCAGUGGCAUUUUUACAUUACCCUCUCCCUGCUCACUUCCUCUAACUGGGAACACCUGUGGCUGUCGUGACUUCACACUAUUCUCCUUCUCCUCCUUCCUCUUUAAUUUUUUUCAUCUCUGCAGUGCUUUACUAUCAUCUGCCUCCCCCUCCACCUCUUCAUGUUUUUCAGUGCUCUGUCUUAAAUUCUCUGCUUGUUCCUGCUCUUGUUUUUCCCCCUCUUAGCAGUCUGGUCUCCUUCUGCAGCUCAGUUCUGUGCUCUGUUUGAUACCUGCUCCCAAGCCUCCACCUCCAGAUCUGAACUCUGUUCAGUCUCCAAGCCCACAGAUCCA